CCAGGUCUGCGCGGAGCCGGCCUCGGCGCGCUGGGCGCCCGACGCCGGCGCCCAGCGGAGACCGAACAAGGCGGGCUGGGUACCAGCGGCGCGGCUGCGGAGCCUAGACGGCUCUAGGGGUGGCGGCGCUUGGAGUCUGAGGGGCUCUAGCCAAGCGGCUGCGGCUGUGCCCGCGGUCCCUGAGCGAAGUGAGGCCGAAGCCGCGAGGCCGCGAGGCCGCGCCCGGAGGAAGGCAAAAGAGAAUGAAAGAAGUAGAUAAUCUUGAAAGUAUAAAAGAAGAAUGGGCUUGUGAAACAGGAUCUGACAAUCAACCUCUUAGUGAUAAUCAAACAAACUGUGAAUAUUUUGUUGACAGCCUUUUUGAGGAAGCUCAGAAGGUUGGUGCCAAGUGUUUGUCCCCCACUGAACAGAAGAAACAGGUAGAUGUAAGUAUAAAAUUAUGGAAAAAUGGAUUCACAGUCAAUGAUGAUUUCAGAAGUUAUUCUGAUGGCGCAAGUCAGCAGUUCCUGAACUCUAUCAAAAAGGGGGAAUUACCUUCAGAAUUACAGGGAAUUUUUAAUAAAGAGGAGGUGGAUGUUAAAGUUGAAGAUAAGAAAAAUGAAGUGUGUGUCUCUACAAAGCCUGUGUUUCAGCCCUUUUCGGGACAAGGUCACAGACUGGGAAGUGCUACACCAAAAAUUGUUUCUAAAGCAAAGAGUACUGAAGUUGACAAUAAAAAUAAUUUGUCUGCUGUUCCACUGAAUAACUUGGAACCCAUAACUAAUAUACAGAUCUGGUUAGCCAAUGGCAAAAGGAUUGUCCAGAAAUUUAACGUUUCUCAUAGGGUAAGCCACAUCAAAGACUUCAUUGAACAAUACCAAGGAUCUCAAAGAAGUCCUCCCUUUUCCCUGGCAACAGCUCUUCCUUUCCUCAAAUUGCUAGAUGAAACACUCACACUGGAAGAAGCAGAUUUACAGAAUGCUGUAAUCAUCCAGAGACUCCAAAAGACUGCUGAACCUUUUAGCAAACUUUCAGAGCAUUGAUUUUUGAUAGAUUAAUUGGAAAAUUUGCAGAGAAAUGAUGGUUGUAAGUGGGCAAACCAAAAUGGGGGGACAGGAAAAGUCAAAUUUGCUGGACUUUUGGUUUGCCUACUGUUUAACUUUCCAGAUAAGAAGAUUUUUAAGUAAGUACAGGUUAAGAAAGUAACAUAUGACUGGAAAAUAUAUUCAGUGUACUUUUUCCAAAGGCUACUCAAAAGAAAAAUAUACUUAUUUUCAAAUACCAAGUAAUCAACAUAAGAUAUAUUAAAUAGCUGUAUCAUUUAGAAUCUAAAUAUCAUAUAAAUUAGCAAAUAUGUUCACAGCAUCUGUCAUUCAAACAUCAUUCCCAAACAGCAGGGAUUUAUUUAAAUGUUUGCUGCCUCAGCAUUUUUAAAUAACACAGUACAUUAAAAAAUUAUAAGUGGCAGGUUAAAAAACAUCAAUGUAAUUAUUUUAAAACUCAGAUAUGAUCAAAAGUUUAGAGAGACCUGGUUUUACCACAUCUAUGCCUAAUUUUCACAGUGUUCUUGGUUUUCAUUCUGUAUUGGCAAGAUACACCCAAAUAUUAAUUUGGCAACAGUAUCUAAGAUGUAUUUUCAUUUAAGAAUAAAAUUGUGUGUUUAGUACAAUGGCAAUAUUAAUCUGCCUACUCAAAUUUCUAUACUUCCUAAAAAUGUAAAUUUUUUAAAAAUUACAUUUUCUCUACUACAAACCCUAGUUCAUUCCCUUUUAUUUUCUUUGAAAAGUUGGGGAUUUGUCUUUAGCUAACAUUUGGGAUUAGCCAUUCAUUUGCUACCACUUACUUAGAAUCUAUUGCCUGUUCUUUACAUUACUAAUUAACAAAUAUUUUUUUAAAUGCA